UAUCACUGCGAGAAUACUCGAUGAAGCCUACGUGGAACAUGCCGGGAACAUGGCUACUUUCCACCAAAAUGGGCGGUUAGUCGAUUACAGUAUUCGCUCGCUUAGCGACCUCAUUUCAACAUCAGUUGCGAGCUGUCUUCUGCUGUGUGUGCUGGGACCAGAUCACAUUGAGUCGUGUACGUGGCAUGUGAAGUUAUCAACCGAUGGCUUCGAAUUCCUUCGUCGUGUCAUGCGGACGUAGUUCUAUGUUCUGCAUGUCACGCGACGGCAUGACCGCAAGAUCCUUUAUCGAGUUGUAUAAACCUACUGGAAUAGUAUCCUCGCGUAAAUUGGGGGCUGCUCUCGAGGGAAUCGCGGGAUUCACCUGGAGAACAGCGUCCUUAGUACCGCUGUGAUCGCGUGCGACGCACGGACCAAGAUUUAUCAUGGCCUUCGUAGCAAAUGGGAGUUGCUGUUUUCUUGUGACAGAAGUUCUUACGGAUUUCGCAAGCGUAAUCCUUCAUAAUGGCGGACGAUGGAAUGACAGCCAACGAAGAGCUCUUGGACUACGAGGAAGACGAGGAUGCGACGGAGCAGAACAACGCGGAAGAGGUCAGCAAUGAUAUCGGGAAGAAGAACAUCAAGGCCGCCUACGUGUCGAUCCACAGUUCCGGGUUCCGGGAUUUCCUGCUGAAGCCUGAAAUUCUCAGGGCCAUCAUCGACUGUGGCUUUGAGCACCCCUCUGAAGUGCAGCACGAAUGUAUACCGCAAGCGAUUCUGGGCAUGGACGUUCUCUGCCAAGCUAAGUCCGGCAUGGGGAAGACCGCAGUGUUCAUUCUUGCCACGUUGCAGCAGUUGGAUUCUGUAGACGGACAAGUUUCGGUUCUAGUUUUAUGCCACACCCGGGAGCUUGCGUAUCAAAUUGCGAAGGAGUACGAACGUUUUUCAAAGUACAUCCCCUCUUGCAAGGUCGGCGUGUUUUUCGGCGGAGUCAACAUUUCGAAGGACGAGGAUGCGUUGCGUAGCAACUGCCCGCACAUCGUGGUCGGAACUCCGGGAAGGAUUCUCGCUCUCAUCCGGAACAGGCAGCUGAACCUGAAGCAUCUGAAACAUUUCGUCCUUGACGAGUGCGACAAGAUGCUCGACCAACUUGAUAUGAGACGGGAUGUCCAGGAAAUCUUCCGGAACACGCCGCAUUCCAAGCAAGUCAUGAUGUUCUCCGCCACGUUGAGCAAGGAGAUCCGUCCGAUUUGCAAGAAGUUCAUGCAAGACCCUAUGGAGGUGUACGUCGAUGACGAAGCCAAGCUGACGUUGCACGGACUGCUCCAGCACUACGUGAAGCUGAAAGAGAACGAAAAGAACAAGAAGCUGUUCGAGCUCCUGGACGCUCUCGAGUUUAAUCAGGUGGUGAUUUUUGUGAGGAGUGUUCAGCGCUGUGUGGCGUUGUCGCAGCUUCUCAUCGAGCAGAAUUUCCCCGCCAUCGCCAUCCAUCGGAGCAUGUCGCAGGAGGAACGGCUGAAACGCUACCAGGAAUUCAAGGACUUCGAAAAGCGCAUUCUGAUCGCCACGGAUCUUUUCGGUCGAGGAAUGGACAUUGAGCGGGUUAACAUCGUUUUUAAUUACGACAUGCCGGAGGACUCUGACACGUACUUACAUCGAGUUGCCCGCGCCGGUCGAUUCGGAACUAAGGGUUUGGCAGUCACAUUUGUAAGUGACGAACAAGACGCGAAGACAUUGAAUGCCGUACAAGACCGGUUCGACGUGAAUAUUACGGAGUUGCCGGCUGAAAUUGAUCUAUCGACGUACAUAGAAGGGCGUUGAGAGCCUGCUUUGGAAGUGGAUUUUUAUUUCGACUCGAUGUACGAAACCAAAAUUUUCUCUGGGUUUUUUGCGUGCACUUGCUGGCUACGUUUUGUUCUGUCGACUGACGGUUUUGGAACACAUUGUAGGGAACCAUUAAAUGCUUCGUGUUUUUCACUGA